AUGCAUGAAGAGACUCUUGAGAUAGUGAAACGUCUGUGCGAGGAACUUAUGAAACAGGACUACUCUGAGGAUACUGAGCUACUACUUAGAAAGGCAGUCCUUUUGGCAGCAAGCUCAGGAAUUUCUGAAAUCAUAGAAGAGAUCGUACGAUGCUAUCCAGGCGCAAUUCGGUUUGUUGAUUCUAAGAACCAUAAUUUAUUUCUUGCACCCCUCGAUCUUAGCCGACUCAAUCUUAUAUCAGGUGCAGCUCUGCAAAUGCAGCGUGAACUACAAUGGUUUCAGCACAUCCAUAACACUAUUACAUAUACACAGGAAGUGGAAAAGUUUGUUCACCCGACUUUCAGAACAAAGAGAAACUCUUAUGGGAAAACUCCCAAAAUGGUGUUUACAGAUGAACACAAAGAGUUGGUUAAAGAAGGAGAGAAAUGGAUGAAAGAAACUGCAAAUUCCUGCAUAUUUGUGGCGUCCCUAAUAGCAACAGUAGGAUUUGCAGCAGCCAUCACCGUGCCAGGUGGAAACAACCAAAACAAUGGUUUUCCACUCUUCUCCAAUGAAACAGCCUUCACUGUUUUUGCUGUUUCCGUUGCAUUCUGUUUGUUCUCUUCUGUUGCCUCUGUCCUAAUGUUCACGUCGAGAAAUGCAGAGGGUGAUUUUCUUAGACGUCUUCCGAAGAGAUUGAUUAUAGGCCUUGGUACCUUAUUCAUUUCAAUGACAUCUCUGAUGAUAGCGUUUGGUACUACAAUUUACCUGGUUUUUGGUCAGAAAAAAGGAUGGAUACUCAUUCCAGUCGGCUUAGCAGCCCUCACGCCAGUAAUCCUCUUUGAGUCCUUGCAAUUUCCUCUCUUACUGGACAUGUUUAUGUCCACAUAUGGGCCAAGCAUUUUCCGUAAGAAAAAGCUUGUCAAGUCUUAUGAUUGA